UCCCUACGCUACCUUCUUUAUCCGAAUAGAACUCCCGGCCAUUAUAGCUGUUUUUGGUUCAACUUUCAGUCCAGAUACGGCAAUGAUUACUGGGGCGUUCUAUUCGGGUGAAGACGGUAGUUGCACUUAGCCCGAGGAGCAAGAUCAGUGAGGAGCCCUCAUCCGUCAAAUCAGUGAGCAGCCAAGGUCCGCUUGACCAGUAAAGAGGCUAGGACUCCCCACUAGGUUUGGAAGCGGCCAGGAUUCUCCAGAUCAGUGCGCAGCCGGUCGCCGCACCCAGCGCAGGGCAAUGGAUCAGCGAUCAUCCGACUCGUAGCCAAUCAGUCCACGUGCAGAAGAUGACACGUGGCGCUCCUUGAUUUCUUCUCAAAGUGGCCACGUGACUGUCGCAUUCUUAAUGGAAGAUAGAAUCUCGGAUGGGAGUCGAGCUGAAGCCUGGCCUAGCCUGCCUGGAAGUCUCCAAAUUUAUUAUUCAAUCAAAGACGUGCUGUAAAACCAAUGCCCCCGCGCUCUGGGGUUUAGACGUUACCUUAGAGGGAGCUGGUGAAACCCGGGCAGCUGGAAUUCUGAUUCUUCUCAAAUGGAGUUGAAAUUCCCUUGCAAGCUUAUGCUGGGGCUUGCAGUCCUCUCACUCUAUGUAGGUCGUGCAAGUGCUGAAAAGACCAAUCUUUUUGCUGAUCUUGGCUUUGUUAGCCCCAGCUACCCGUGCUAUAAUCAACUGACGCUAGCAGGUAUUGCCUGUACUAAUGCGCCCUUCAAGACUGAAGACUGCUCCAAACUGUGCAUGAUUACUUCAGCUGAACUCCUUAAUUGCACUGGUGACAGAUUUGACGACUUGAGCCUCCAAGUACUGUCUCAGCCAAAUUUAGAGAUUUGUGCUGCUGGAGCAAACAAUGUUUCUGGGCUUGAGGAAAUGCCAAAGGACCACCGUUGCAAUUCUACAAUUAUGCAAGUACUUCAAGCCUGUUCUAACGAGCUCAGGAAUACUGAAGGCUGCUCCAACGAGUGCACUAGUGCUGCAACUGAAGUCCUUAACUGUAUUCGUGAUGGAACAGACGAAUUGAGCCUCCAAGUAAAAUAUCAGCCAAGAAUAUGGUUUUGUGGACCCCGGGAUAGGUACGUCGACAGUACUGCUUUUGCAUAGGCCUGUGACAACUUCAAGAUGUCUCGGCCCUGCUUUGUGUAUGUGCCCAGGCGCAACUGCCAAGGCCUGGGCCAACUGUAUG